UACAGCCGUUGCCACCACACUACAAGAGAAAACCCUAGUUUUCCAAUCAGUGUCUCUGGUUUAUGUAACACACUUAACACAGUCGUUUUCUGGCACCUUGAUCUCAGACGCCGAUCAGCCGAUAAGCCCCAUAUCUCCAAUUGCAAUAAGAGAUGGGUGAAGAAGCCAAAGUAGUGAUCCCGGAGUCAGUAUUGAAGAAGCAGAAGAGGAACGAGGAAUGGGCUCUUGCAAAGAAGCUGGAGCUUGAAGUUACAAAGAAGAAGAAUGCUGAGAACAGGAAGCUCAUAUUCAGUCGGGCCAAGCUUUAUGCAAAGGAGUAUGAAGAGCAGGAAAAGGAGCUAAUUCAAUUGAAGCAUGAAGCGAAGUUGAAAGGAGGCUUCUAUGUUGACCCUGAAGCUAAGCUUCUCUUUAUUGUUCGCAUUCGUGGUAUCAAUGCCAUGCAUCCAAAGACAAGGAAGAUCUUGCAGCUGUUGCGUUUGAGACAGAUAUUCAAUGGAGUGUUUCUUAAAGUUAAUAAAGCAACAGUGAACAUGCUUCACAGGGUUGAACCUUUCGUAACUUACGGAUAUCCAAAUUUGAAGAGUGUUAGGGAAUUGAUUUAUAAGAGGGGAUAUGGUAAGCUGAACAAGCAGAGAAUUGCAUUGACUGAUAACUCAAUCGUUGAGCAGGCUCUGGGCAAGUAUGGAAUUAUCUGCAUGGAAGACCUGAUCCAUGAGAUUAUCACAGUUGGACCUCACUUUAAGGAGGCUAACAACUUCCUAUGGCCAUUUAAGCUGAAGGCACCUUUGGGUGGUUUGAAGAAGAAGAGGAACCACUAUGUUGAAGGAGGUGAUGCUGGUAACAGGGAGAAUUUCAUCAAUGAGCUCCUCAGAAGAAUGAAUUAGGUUUGCACGAUUAACCGUAGAUUCUCCCAUUAAAGAACUUAUUUCAUUUUUGAUAUAGGACUUCAAUUUCAAAAACCUGGUUGCUUUUUAGAAUUUUAUAAUGUAUUUUUAAAUGGUAAUAUUUGUAAUUGCAGUUUAGUUUUUGGUAGUGUUCAAGUUUUAUGAUUA